AUGGCGGAUAAUUUAAGCGAAGCACCUAUUUGGUGUGAUGUUGGGAAGAACUUCAGUGCUGCUUAUUCGGUAGUUAGUUUCCGACAUACUGCGAGAAGGAAAUACACUCGUGAUGGUGAUUCAAUAAAAGAGGUUAAAAUCUGCCCCCAACGUUUGGAGAUCAACAGCCACGAAGAUACGGUUGACAAGGUACAUGCACGCGAGGAUAGCGUUGCUGUGCAUUUUCCAGAUUUUUUUAGGGUGAUACCCAGGAGUGUCAGUGGCCUUUCAACAUGUGGAGAAAAUGAGAUUCAAAUGAGGCUUGGAUUUGAACAUCAAACAUCUCAGGAAUCACAAGAGGAAUUUACUAAGAGAAUUUUGAAGGAGGAAUUAAGUGAAUUGAGGAAGGGUUUCCACAGUGUUUGUUGCCGCAUGUGUGGUGCAUCCAUUCUAUCUGCAGAAAUACAGUUUGACAGAGUUCUUGAGCUGCCUUCUGAAAACUGGCUUGAACUUGCUCAGGACUGGUGUUGCCAUGGAACAAGUCAUCUGAUAUCUGCUACAGGGGUUCUUGAACCAAGCGAAAAGGACUGCUUUGUGGGAGAAUACUACAUCAAAGUGCAUCCCUCAAUUGUAAAGCCAGGGAGGCUGCAGAUUUCACCAGGCAAUGAAGAUCAAUUUAUAAAGUGUUGCCGAUGUAAGACCACUCUUGGAUAUGUUGGUGUAGAUUCUGUGGUGAUGGACUUUAGUGAUGUAGUAUCCAGCAUUUAUCUUUACAAGCAUGCAGUUAGCCUACCAUUCUCUAACUUGUUCAGGGCAUAUUGCAUUGAAACGUUUCUUUCAAUUUGUUUGACUUCCAAAUCACAAGGUACUACAAACUUUCGAUUUUUAAUCCAAGAACCCAAAGAGAAUGGUAGGAGACAAGCACAUGCCUGUGUUUGGCUUUUUAAUGCUGAUGCUGCAAUGAUAACGAAUAUUGAGUCUGAAACUUUAUAUACUUGCUACAGUGAAGGUGGCCUUUAUUCCGUCAGUAACAAAGCCAGAUAUCUGCGGGUAUUGAAGAUUCUUUACAAAACUAAGCCACUCCUCGGCACUCUUUGGGAAGACGAGGUAGCUUCUUGGCGGAACAACCCCACAGUCCAGCCGUUAACCUUUCAAAAGGAAACUUGUCUGCAUCUUAUUCUUCUGCUUAUGAAGAGCACAACGACAGUAGCACCAAGCAUGCGAGAAAUAAAUGGAUUCAAGGUUGGAUAUCUCAAGACAUUGAACAAUUGAAUUUCCGCUAGUGGAGCUUGACUGCCCCCAGCUUGGUCUCCUUAACGGUCUGCCGGAAUUCGUGUAAGAGGCGCUGUAAAGUUCCCCGAGGAUCCGAAGUUCAUCCUAUGGACCACCUAGCCCAUUUCCAUAAGAAGCCGGAACGCCAGCCAUUUGAGUUAAGUCCCACCAGCAUUCGAACAAAUUUACCUGCUUCAUCCUGCUUUAUAACUUGAGAUAAACCGAUUUGAAAGCUUCUUAUUAAGGUAGCGAUCUGUUUGGUGAUACUAGUAUUCCAAGCCAAGACAUCCUUCAAACUUAUUUUGUUUUAAGUCUUACU